CUUCCUCGCUGCUGCGCUCGUGCCCACACGGAGCAUCAGUUCUGGCGCAGCAGAAGCAGCCAUCCUCGCCCAGGCUUUGCUCGGCCUCCUCUCCAUCUCUCUGCGUCGGCCUCUCCUGCCUGCUGCUCGGUCCCAAGCUCCCUGUGCGCGCGGUACUCUUCCUUCCCAUGUUACUGCGCGCUCUACCUUUCUUCCCAUCUCCCUGCGCUCGCCGCGGCUCCCUGCUGCACUGCAGCUCGCCGCGCGGCUCUCAUGGCGUGCUCCUCUCUGCCGAGCGGCUCUUCCCCACGAUGCCGUCGAAUCCCGUCUUCCUCUGCUCGCGCGGGCCGCGCCCCUGCUUCCCCUCCUUAGCCGAGCUCGCCGGCCGGCCGCUCGCCCCUGUGCCUUCGCUCAGCUCGCCAUGGAGGUUGUCCGCCAUGGUACUCUGCAUCCCGAGCUCCCGUGCUCGCGCGGCUUCCUGCUCGUCGGUGCUUAGACUGAAGCUCGCCCGGCGCGCCCAUCUCUCUGUCUCCCCAACGCUCGCCAUCGUCUCCUGUCUGGUCGCGCCCUGCUCCGCCGUCGUGUUCUAGCCGCGCGUGCUCUGGUGGCCGUCGUGCUGAUCGCCGGCUGAAACCCCUUUAGUGCCUGACACUGCAUCUCCCUGGUGUUCGCCUCUGUUUUCCCCUGGCGCCGAGCCCCUCCACCCUGUCCUAGCAGCAAAAGCCCAGCCACUGCGCAAGCUACCUGCUCGAUAGAAUGUUCAGCCGCUCGUCAGAUCUGCGCAGUCCCUGCACGAUGUCGCAAAAUCCGCUCGUUGUCGAUGCCGCGCUUCGUGCAUCGUGUGUUCGACGAAAAUCUCCAGCAUGUGGACAGCACACGCGUGAGCCGAGUUUGGUUUGGCCAGUUGUUCGGUUUGCGAUUUACUCUUCCUGCGAUUAUAGUACUCUGAUGGACCCUGUUUUGCUCUCGACCUCUCAGCACGUGGGUUACAGCAUCAGGUACGAUCCAGUGGUAAGAAUUCGUCAUGACGUCGUGUGGCUAGGAGAUGGGAGGUAGGUCAGUCUUCGGGCAGAUCCGAUGGUGUAACAGCAAGGCUCGUACGACACUCGUCUGAUGCUCGACAAGAAGCCUGAUUCGGGGGUGGCUACCCCGUCUUCUUCGUCGUAUGGGAGUCAUCGUGCUUCCGACUAUCUCGUCGAAUUAGUCAGGGUAAGCCAAUUUGUUAAUCAUGUUAGUGGAUUGAUGAAUGGUCUGACUAGGUAUAUUAAUCGUGAUGAUUUUGCAGUG